CUGGAAAAAAUCUAAAAAUCAUUGUAUAAUACUGCAACUUCAGGUGCUUAGCACUAUCUUUUGAUAUUCUGUAUCUAGUGUUUCCGUAGAUUUUGAAAAGAUUGGAACAAUUCAAGCCCUGCAAUGGCCCCUAUUAAAUAUUACUAUUAUCCAGAAGGUGCUCCUAAUCGCGCAGCUCUUUUGACAAUACGGAAUUUGAAUCUUGAAGCAGAAUUGAUCGUUGUGGAUUUACGUAAAAAAGAACACCUAACCGAGAAGUUUAUUAAGAUGAAUCCGCAAUGUUGUAUGCCCGUUUUGGAUGACAAUGGAUUCAUUUUGUGGGAAUCUAGGGCUAUAUCUCAAUAUUUGGUUACCACUAGAGCUCCUAGGAGUUCACUCUAUCCAACUGAUCCUAAAAUGAGAGCUGUAGUAGAUGCUAGAUUAUUCUUGGACACAACUCUUCAUGCUGUUUCAAGAUCCUUCUUCUAUCCUAUACAUUCUUUAGGGGAAAAGCAAAUCCCAGAAUUACCAAAACAGAGGCUUUAUCAAUUGCUAGGUUACCUGGACCAUAUAAUGGAAGGUCAAAAAUAUGUUGCAGGAGAUGAAUUAACGAUCGCCGACUUUUCGAUUUUGGCAUCUUUUUCGACUUACUUUCAUGCAGGAGCAAAUGUAAGCAGUUUGAAAAACCUAAUGUCUUGGUACAAGAGAUGUGAAAGUCUUGUCGGUUUCCAAGAAAACGAAGAUGAAGCAAAAGCUUUUGGAAAAAUGUUAAAAUCUAAAUUAGGUAUCAAAAAUACUUGGGAUGAAUUGCAAUAAAAAGCAUUUAAAAAGAAAUCAACUUUUUUAUUAGUGAGUUACAUAAUCAUGACCUUGAAGAAUUUGUACAUCAAAAUUACUUUUCACUUUCAUUUUCACAUCUCUUAUCAAAUUAGAUUAGACAAUUAACUGAUAAAAACGUUACACUUAAAUUUAUUUGAAAAAAAUAAUUAUAAUGCAGAAUUAAUCAGUUUUAAUCCCAGGUUCCAGUAAUUCCCAACAAACCCUUAAGGAAAUCUCCAUAAGCUCUAGCAGCUUGAUCAUUCUCCUGAUAGCCAGGAACAUUUUCGCAUCUUUUGUACCAGGCUUGAAUGUUUUUGUAUUUCUCAACAUUGGCCCCAGCGUAC